GAGCCAAUUCACCCGGCACAGCGCUGGUCCCUGCAUGCUAACAUGUCGGGCGGGGCCUCAUACCUGCCUGUGCAUCCUCAACCCCCUCCAGCGCUGCCAAGCCAACCGGCCGAGGAGACCACGGAGCCGAUAUACGUGAACCAGGCGGCUUUAAUCGCCAUGCCGAGUCCGACCGUACCUCCGAAAGUUGGUCGAGCCGGCGCU